AUGACGUCUACACAAUCCCGGCUGCGGAGCCUGUCACUCGGCGAGAAUGGCAAAAACGGGCCUCCGCAGCCGGCUCGAUUCUACUUCGAAGCACCCCAAAGAGCCGCGAGCAGGACUCAGCGAUCGACGGUACCUCGAAGAACAUCCACCCCGGCCGGCCUCAACCACCACGCCCUCGGGAAGGACGUGAACCAGGACCUCGAGUCGGCCUUCCGCGACAUCGCGCGUGAGCAGGUUGACCGGGAGAGUCUGAGGGAGCUCGCCCAGUUUCUGCGCAACACUGGCCCUCCCGCGGCUCCCAACACCCCCUUGGUGGAGGAUUGUUUUGGUCGCAAUGGACCCGGGGAGAACCGAAGGUGGUCGAUACGGUCUUUGAGGGCAGGCAGCAGAGGGAGCAAGAUGCAGCAGCGUCCUGUUUCACUCAAUCUGGGCGACCGCGCCACGAGGCGGACAACUGCGGCUGGGCACUCGUACUUUGCGAUAUCUGUUCCCGCACCACCCGCGGCGCCCACUGUCUCGGAUCGACGAGCAUCCCUUCAGUCUCGCCUGUCAGCCAUCCACAGGUCGCACCUUGUCUCGCGCUUGAGCGCCAUCGAUACCGAGUCUCUGGCCCCCAGGUCGUCGCACGAUCUCCACAGUCCCAAGAGCCAUACGAGCUCCAACACGCAGAGAUUUCUCGACCGAAACACGACCAAGGCGGGCGACGUCGCGGCUGUUGUAUCGAGACACCCGAGUCAACAAGACCCGAACUCCUUUCGACUAUCAAUCAAAGUCACCACUGCGGACCGUGGCGUGAAGUCCUUUAUGAGGCUGGUGGACGAAUGGCUUGAGAUCCAGCACGGCGAGGCCGUAUCCCCGAACAGCAAACCUGCUUCAGUGAAUGGCUCGAACCACCAGGCGGAAGAUUCAGGCGUCGUUGUUCUCAGCGCUCUCGGCCCAAACAGCUCUCCUGCUCCCAAGAUCGAGGUUCGGCCCUCUCCCUCCGCCACGGAAGAAAGGCGAGCGCCUCUCCUAGAGCUCCCGGCUACACCGCCAAUCAAUGCAAAGAAAAUGAGCUUCCCGGAUGCUGCAAGCGCUCUCCACGGUGGUCCCAAGGGAGCUGAUGCGUUAUCUACUGCGUCGCCGAAGUCUCCUGAAAGUGCUAAGCUCUCCGCUUUUCCUAACUCGAAGUCGUCGCAAAUGACGUCUCCAAAGUCGCCCAAACCGACCAAGAAACCAGGUAACAUCAUGGUCAAGUCGAUGCUGGAGGUACCGCAAGGACCGAAUCUAUUCCCCGAGUCUCCUGGAUUUCCGAACAUGUUGGCAGCCAUGUCAUUCCCAUCGCCACCCGAAAGCAUUCGAUCACACUCCGCAUCCAAUAGUAUUUCAUCAACGGGCCCUACAACGCCCCCAUCCCUGAGCCCUUUGUCGAGACACCCCCCUCCUCAAUCUAACCUGGACCAACGGCUUAUGCAGCCAGAGCGACCGCCGCUGAGGCAAUGCAAGUCUGAGAGUGCCACACACCCGUUGUACAUGUCAACACAUCAUGGUACGUUUCCCACGGACCUAUCUAGCGGGAGAAGUCUGGAGGAUGAAGCCUCAUUCCACUCUGCUCAUGUCUCUGUCAACAUGUCGGGUCUCGAUGUAGAUGGAACGUCGUCAUCAAAGAAGGAUAGGAGGUCAUCACAAGAGUCCGUGGACCUGACUGAUUCUAACCCUCACCGGCAAUCAACGGUCAGCACAGUAGACUCCUCCUUGCCGCCUGCAGUCAUGAGUGACAGCCAUCGACACUCAAUUGCAAGCGUUACCUCGGCUACGAGUGGGUUAAGUGAAAGGACUGAAGUGACGGAGAAGAUUGGCAGACGGUCAAACAGAGAUUCGGUAGAAUCGUUCAGCGAGACUAGGCUUCCGUUCCGUUCCCAGAGGUCGAGUAUGACUGGAUCCUUGCGCUCUUUUUCCUCCGCCGGGACGAGCGCGACGGCAACUAGUCUUGCCGAGAGAAGAAUGGCAAGGAGAAACAAGGUGCGCGAGAAGCUACAAAGGGAUCUCGAAGCAACCAAGCCAAGCCUGACGGUGCCACAUGACCACAUGGCUGAUAUAGUAGACUCACCUGUUCUUGGCUGGUUUCCUCACCACGCACCCUCUCGUAAAGGCCUACAGGGCUCUUCACCCCUUGCACAGCAGUUCUCUACCUCAACGGACGUGUCCAAGACAGCCAACGGAAACGGCCCGGGCCACAAGCUCCGGAGAUCCUCGGUACAAAACAUUGUGCAGCUGAUUCCGGAGACUGUUCAGGAAGCAAACUCGCCCAAAACACCACCUUCACAAGCCUGGACUUUUACAUCAAUCAUGGUGGAGACGACUGAGCCUGAUUUCGAUAAUGAGCUCGAGCCUGUGCCUGAGGAUGCUCCAGCGCCCCCUAUUACAGCGUUGAGCAUGACCCCGAUCAUGGUAGUUGCAAGUAUCGAGGCGCGGUCACCAACAUCCUCUCUCCGCCCAUUAUCCCUAUUAUCUACCGGAUCGUCACCCCCGAGCCUCCCUCCACGGUCCAAUCUCCGGCCAGAAAAGGCCAACAUCCGCCAACGCCCUCUUCCCAUCCGGGUCUCAAAAAACCCGCUCGACUUGACUGUCAACACUAAGACGUCCUCCAAACGAAACAGCAUCUCGAAUAUCUCGACCAUCUUCACUUCCCCGCCGCCGAGCGACUCUCAACCUUCUCCCCGGAACAGUGCACCCUCUCUAGGUAUCGAGGAGAGCCCCGAGUCUUCCACCAGAACGUCGUCCACAACCUCACAGGACAAAGAGACCCAGUGGCUCACAGCACACCAAAAGCAGACGGCGCAUGACUGGCGCCUGGCGGCACUCAAGGAGAGAAUGCGAAGGGAGCUGGACAUAUACAUGGACGAGGACGAUGUAGAGGACGAUGCCCACUCGGAAGUGGAAAACAGGCGGAUCCGCGAAAGGCACACCAGCAAGACGCUCAAGGUGCUCAACGCAAAUGCAACCGAUGGCGACAAGACGCCUACGUCAGAAGCCAGCGUCGAGGGGGAAGCUGCUAUUUCCUCCCACAACAGCGUGGAGAAGCAGCUGUUGCGUGCCAUCGUGCCUCUCCUCGAGAGCAUGGACAGCACAUUGAAGGAGAUGCAGAGGGGGAAUGUCAACCGGGAGCUGUCCAAGAAGUUCAUGGACUCUGCCUUGGAUAUUGCUCAUCCUUUAGUGGAGAGCACUAAGCGGGAAUCAUCGGACAUCUGA